GCCGGCCUGUUUUCCCCGCCUGUGCACCCGCCGCAACCGCAAAGGCGGCUGCUGUGCAGGUCAACUCGACGCGAUGGGGCUUCCCGAGGAGCGGGGCCGGAGCGGCGGCGGCGGCGGCGGCGGUGGCAGCGGGGCCCGGGAGGAAGCGGGAGCCCGGAGCCGGGGGCGGCGCUGGUCUCCGCCGCCGGAGGUCAGCCGUUCGGCGCACGUCCCCUCGUUGCAGCGCUACCGACAGCUGCACCAGCGCUCUGUGGAGGAGCCGCGAGAGUUUUGGGGAGACAUUGCCAAGGAGUUUUAUUGGAAGACCCCAUGUCCUGGCCCAUUCCUCCAGUACAACUUUGAUGUGACUAAAGGGAAAAUCUUCAUUGAGUGGAUGAAAGGAGCAACAACAAACAUCUGCUACAAUGUGCUGGAUCGAAUUGUCCAUGAGAAAAAACUUGGCGAUAAAGUUGCUUUUUACUGGGAGGGCAAUGAGCCAGAGGAGACCACCCAGAUCACAUACCGUGCACUUUUGGUCCAAGUGUGUCAGUUCAGCAAUGUUCUCCGAAAACAGGGCAUUCGGAAGGGUGACCGAGUGGCCAUCUACAUGCCCAUGAUACUGGAGCUUGUGGUGGCCAUGCUGGCGUGUGCCCGCCUUGGGGCUCUGCACUCCAUUGUGUUUGCAGGCUUCUCUGCAGAGUCUCUGUGUGAACGGAUUCUGGAUUCCAGCUGCAGCCUUCUCAUCACUACAGAUGCCUUCUACAGGGGGGAAAAGCUUGUGAACCUGAAGGAGCUGGCUGACGAGGCCCUGGAGAAAUGUCGGGAAAAGGGUUUCCCAGUGAUAUGCUGCAUUGUGGUCAAGCACCUGGGGCGGGAAGAGCUGGGCACAGGUGACUCUCCCAGUCAGUCUCCCCCAAUUAAGAGGCCAUGCCGGGAUAUACAGGGUAAGCCGAAAGAGAAACCCACGCGCAUCUGGCCCCAGAUCUCCUGGAACCAGGGGGUUGACUUUUGGUGGCAUGAACUCAUGAAAGAGGCAGGGGAUGAGUGUGAGCCUGAGUGGUGUGAUGCUGAGGACCCACUCUUCAUCCUGUACACCAGUGGCUCCACAGGCAAACCCAAGGGUGUGGUACACACAGUUGGGGGCUACAUGCUCUAUGUGGCCACAACCUUCAAGUACGUGUUUGACUUCCACGCGGAGGAUGUGUUCUGGUGCACAGCAGACAUUGGCUGGAUCACUGGCCAUUCCUACGUCACCUAUGGGCCACUGGCCAACGGUGCUACCAGUGUUUUGUUUGAGGGGAUCCCCACAUACCCGGAUGUGAGCCGCCUGUGGAGUAUCGUGGACAAGUACAAGGUGACCAAGUUCUACACAGCACCCACAGCUAUCCGCCUGCUCAUGAAGUUUGGAGAUGAGCCUGUCACCAAGCAUAGCCGGGCAUCCUUACAGGUGCUAGGCACAGUGGGUGAACCAAUCAACCCUGAGGCCUGGCUUUGGUACCACCAGGUGGUAGGUGCCCAGCGCUGCCCUAUCGUGGACACCUUCUGGCAGACAGAGACAGGUGGCCAUAUGCUGACACCCCUCCCUGGUGCCACACCAAUGAAGCCUGGUUCUGCUACCUUCCCGUUCUUUGGUGUAGCUCCUGCAAUCCUGAAUGAGUCUGGGGAAGAGCUGGAAGGUGAAGCUGAAGGUUAUCUGGUGUUCAAGCAGCCCUGGCCAGGGAUCAUGCGCACAGUCUAUGGGAACCAUGAACGCUUUGAGACCACCUACUUUAAGAAGUUUCCCGGCUACUAUGUGACAGGAGAUGGCUGCCGGCGAGAUCAGGAUGGCUAUUACUGGAUCACUGGCAGAAUUGAUGACAUGCUGAAUGUAUCUGGACACCUGCUGAGCACAGCCGAAGUGGAAUCAGCACUUGUGGAACAUGAGGCUGUUGCCGAGGCAGCCGUAGUCAGCCACCCUCAUCCUGUGAAGGGCGAAUGCCUCUACUGUUUUGUCACUCUGUGUGAUGGCCACACCUUUAGCCCCACCCUCACGGAGGAGCUCAAGAAGCAGAUUAGAGAAAAGAUUGGCCCCAUUGCCACACCGGAUUACAUCCAGAAUGCACCUGGCUUGCCUAAAACCCGCUCAGGGAAAAUCAUGAGGCGGGUGCUUCGGAAGAUCGCUCAGAAUGACCAUGACCUGGGGGACAUGUCUACUGUGGCUGAUCCAUCUGUCAUCUGCCAGCUCUUCAGUCACCGCUGCCUGACCAUCCAGUGAACAAGAUCCUGCCUUUACUCAGGAUUCUCCCUGCUUGGCUUUCCAAAGUUUUGCCCACCCUCCCUGUCCCUAUCCAGGAGCACUGAGGGCCAGUGCUGACCCAUACCACCUCCCUCGACCAGCUGUCUGAGACCAAGGACCAGCUUUGCCCCUGGGAGGAGGCAACUUACUGUGACUUCCAGGCAGAUGGGACAGGACCCAGUUCAGACUCAGGUUGCUGUGCCCCUAGACUGCAAAGAGCCCUUGGAGCGCAGAACAGGGACCUGAAGGUCACGUUCCCAACACAAGUUAAAUGUUCGGAGGGCAAGUUGAGGGCCUAGACUGAAAAAGGGAGGCAGCUCUGUAAUCCUAUGUCACCUCUCAGGAAGCACCAGUACUUAUCUUGGACAUGCACUUGCUCUUAGAAAUGCCUGUUUGUGAGUCCUGGAACAAUUGAUUAUUAUUUUUUUAAACACUUUGCUGCUUCUGUUCUGGAUCUGAAUUCCCUUUUGUGCCAGAUGGCAGUGCUUGUCUACCCAUUUGCUCCAAGAGCUAUGCAGGCAGGCUCAGUUUCCAGAUCAUCUGCUGCUUUGCAGGAGUAAAUAUGUUUUGUUCGUAGGGCCAGAGGAGCCUGUCUUCCUUGUCCUCUGUUCCCACCCUCCCCAAAAGAAGAGUCCUGCCCAUGAGGGACACUCUCAGAUGAAACUCUCUUUUCUUGCCCCGGUCAUGCUCAAGCUCUGUGGUUGUAGGAAUAAAGUCUGUGACCUCAA